GAGCGCCUGCGCCUGUUUCGGCGCCGAGCGCUAGCGGCGGGCUGUCGGGGCUCCCGGACCUGCGGCUCCUGAUCGCCUUCGCCAGCCUGCUGGUGCUGGCCAGCUGCGGGUGCCUGGGUGCGGCCGUCGUGACGGUGUGGGGCACGAGCCACCCGCUGGGCCGACGCUCGAGUGCUGCUGAGCCGCGGGCAGAGAGCACGCCCACCAUCCUCGACCAGGAGGCCGAGCUCGGAUCGCUAGCGCAGGAGCAGCUGAGCGUGAUCCUGCAGGGCCUCGGGAUCGAGGCCGGAGACUUCGGUGCUGUUCAGUAUAAUGUGCCAGGAGCGCCCUUGUACCACGAGCGGUUGGUUCUCAUCGAACCUGGGGCUGGCACCACCGUGAGUGUGCUGACCCAGACGGUGCUCUACCUGGAGCCGGGGCCGCUGUUGGCGCUGGCGUGCCUGCUGCUGCUGAGCCACUCGUUGUGUGUCCUGGCGGUGUCCUCGUACCUGGAGGCGGUGGUCUUGGAGCUGCAGCUGCUGGAGGAGCAUCGGUGCCUACUGUGGAUGUUCGUAUCCAGCCUGUCGGUCACGAUGACCACAUUGUGGCUGUGUCGGUUCAUGGUGUCGAACGGCCAGACCCCUCUCGGUAGACACGCUCGGUGGAAGGCAGACGCCAAGUUACAGAACAACGAUGGCGGAGUCGAGAACCAUCUUAUGUGUUGCCAGAUGUUAGAGAGCUUGGCCACGUUCGAUCAACUGAACCUGCCCGACAUCGCUGGAGCGGAGAUCAUGGCCAGAUCCAUCCAGCUGUCCGAGGAGAGGUACCGAGACCGCGUGCCCAGUUUUGCGGGCAGCAGUGGCGAGACGACGCAGGAUGCCUUCCUGUACAUGGGUCUCGAUCAUGUUCGUGCGAACGUGGCCGUUUGCCCGGCGCUGCAGUCCUGGGCGUCGGCCGAACUCCAGAAGGAGGUGUCCGUCAUGAAGGAGAGGCGUAAA